AUGAUCGGACAGAAGACGCUGCACUCCUUCUUCAGCACCGCGCCUGCCAAGAAGCGCAGCCGCUCACCGCAGCCCGGCGGUGAUGCUGAGGUAGGGAGUGGUGGGCUGGGUGCGGAGCGGGGAGAGGUCAGCGCUGCUAAGAAGGCGAAAGCGGCGGGGGAUGAGGUGGGCCCUGCCGUGCAGCUGAGCUUGGAGCAGCAGGAGCGGAUCCGCAGGAACAAGGAGGCGGCGAGACAGCGUCUGGCCGAGCGGAACGUGCCGCCGGGCUUUGGGGAGAGUUGGCGGAGGCAGCUUGCCGGGGAGUUCUCCAAGCCCUACUUCAUAGAGCUGAUGGCGUUUGUGGCAGAGGAGAGGAAGCGCUACACGGUUUAUCCGCCCCCCGAGCAGGUCUUCACCUGGACACAAAUGUGUGACAUCAGAGAUGUAAAGGUUGUCAUCUUGGGACAAGAUCCAUAUCAUGGACCUAAUCAAGCUCAUGGGCUCUGUUUCAGUGUCCAGAAGCCUGUUCCACCUCCUCCCAGUUUAGAAAACAUCUACAAAGAGCUGUCCACAGACAUUGAGGGCUUCACCCACCCUGGUCAUGGUGAUCUGACUGGCUGGGCCAAGCAAGGAGUGCUGCUGCUCAACGCUGUCCUCACGGUGCGAGCUCACCAGGCCACCUCCCACAAGGAGAGAGGUUGGGAGCAGUUCACUGAUGUGGUGGUGUCCUGGCUCAACAAGAACUUGCAUGGGGUGGUCUUCAUGCUGUGGGGAGCCUAUGCCCAGAAGAAAGGCAGCUCCAUUGACCGGAAACGCCACCACGUCCUGCAGACGGUCCAUCCCUCACCCCUCUCUGUCAACAGAGGAUUCUUUGGCUGUAGGCACUUCUCAAAGACAAAUGAGCUGCUGAAGAAAGCUGGGAAGCAGCCCAUUGACUGGAAAGCACUCUGA